UCGAGAGCUCGAUUCCUGACUGGCGGUGCGUUUGCCGCGGCUGUCGUUUUGUUUUCUGCAUGUCUGACUUGAAGCCCACGAGGGCCGGACACGUGGCAUCAUCCUAUUCAGAAUACACGGACGGCCAGACGUCCGAUCAACGACAUGGACUUUGAAUUGCACCGGUGUCGUUCAGUGCGACGAUCUGGUUAUGGCCGACGGUGGAUACGUAGUGCCAAUCAACGGUCAUCAGCAAGAGCCGAGUCUGCGGGGUGGUGUGGAAACGCCGGGAGUUGGUGUGACUACAGCAGCAGCAGCAGCAACAGCCGGCGGUCAGUUAGUAGAUUUCUUCAAGAGCAGGGAUUUCACCCGGUCGAUCAAUUGGACGAAUCCGCUGGGGAUGGGCGGGGAGCUGGCGCUGGCGUUCGGGGAGUUGAUUAGAGAGAUGUGGAGCACGGGGGGACAGUUGUCGUUGACGAUGCCCGGAAGGAGAGGAGGGGGGCGGAGUUUCAAAGACGCGGCGGAGCGGGCCGGAUUCACGCCGCAGUUUUCUUUGGGAGGAGACACGUGGCAGGAAAUGAACGUCCAGAAACUUCUCGCCUUCUUGCUAGACAAAUUGCAUGAAGAUGUCAAUCGCGCGAGACAGCGAUCGAGCGGCGGCGGCAGCGGCUGCAGCGAUGGGGCAGAAGAAGGGCAGCAGCAGUGCGUUGUGCACCGGCAGCUGGGCGGUAGAGCAGAAGGGGGAGGAGUAUCGACAGCAGCAGGGGUCGAUGAAGAGGAGGAGGAAGAAGAGGAGGGGGGAGUAGGGGGAGAAGGUGGUGGUGGUAAGGGAGAGAGAGGAAGAGGAGGAGGAGGAGGAGGAGGAGGAGGACUAGGAGGAGGAGGAGGAGGAGGGAGAAGGAUCGAUGUACGCCGUGGUGACGAGGAGCGGGCAACGGAGUCCUGGAGUCAGCAUACCGCCGCGAACGACUCUAUCGUUGUUGAUUUGUUUCAAGGGCAAUGCAAGUCUACUCUUUUCUGCUGUCAGUGUGAUCGGCCUCAAGUACGAUUUGAACCUUACACGUGUCUGUCGCUGCCUGUUGCCACGUCAGCCACUCGCUCGAUUACAGCCACUGUGUUUAGUUGGGAUGGAUCGACGCCGCCCACCCCGAUUACGGUGACGGUGAACCGACAGCACAAGGUGCAGCACCUGUCGUUCGCCAUAGCUAGGGCUUGCGGGCUACGGACGCAUGAGAAGCUCUUGUUGACUGAGAUCUAUGGGCACCGAAUCUUCCGCAUGCUGGAGGAUGGGAGGGAGGCGCUGUUUUCCAUCAAGGAGGAUGACGUGUUGGUGGGGUACCGGGUGCCGAAGGCGGCCGACCGGUCGGCGCUGCUCUUCGUUCUACACAGCCGGCUAGAAGAGGCGGGUCCGAGUCCGUACAGUCUGAAAAGGAUGGCCUCGUGGAAACUGUUUGGGGUUCCACUGAUUGGGGUACUGCCCGAAGGAGGGUUAAAAACUGGAGCAGAAUUGGCGCGCAUUGUGGAAACGCUGUUGAAGCCGUUGAAGAGAGGAGGAGGAGGAGGAGGAGGAGGAGGGGGCGGGGGGAUGAUAAUGAGGAGCAGGCGCGGAGUAUCUGCGGCGGCGGCGGCGGCGGCGGCAGAAUCUAGGGUGAGGAGGAGUGGAGUGGGAUGGAGGAGGGGGGCGGGGGGAGGAGGGAGGCUGAGGGUGUUCGCCACGGAAGCAGAUGAAGAGGAGGAAGAGGAGGAAGAGGAAGAGGAGGAUGAGGAGGAGGAGGAGGAGGAAGAUGAAGCAGAGGGGUGUCUGCAAUUGCGCAGAAGAGGAAGGAGAGUACAUGGUUUUGGCGUGAUGACCACCACGACGAUGACGUCAACGACUAUGGAGGUUGGCCAGGGCGUUUUGGCGGGAGUCUCGAGUCGGGAUUCGCCUCCCGCCUUUCCUCCACCGCCUGGUUGGGCGGCCGCAGCUUAUCAGAUCUACUGUAGCGACGACAGAGGCCUAGUGAGAGAGGGGUUAGUGGAGGCGGGGAAACCCCUCCCUAGCUCGUUGAAGUUGGGGUCGGCGAUGAAGUGGGCCACGCGCAAAUGCGUCCACGUGUGCCUCAACUGGGGGGAGAAAGGAUUGUCGAUGGAGUAUGAUAUCGAGAGAAUGGACAGAUUGCCACGUGCGCAUGACAGCGGAACGGCGGCGGCGGCCUCAGUCCCCGCGUCUCAUUCGCGCGCUUCUCUCAGCGCAUGCCUGGAAGCUUCUCUGAAGAUUACUUUGGAACAGAGACUGUGCCCUAGGUGCAAGCAACCGCGCGAUGCGGCGCGCAAGGCGGAGUUUUGGCGCCUGCCGGAGAUCCUGGUCGUGCAUCUUGUACGGUCGCGGUCGGGAUCGGCUAAUGACAGGAGCGUCGAGUUUCCUCUCAGGGGAUUCGAUGUGACGAAGCACGUGAUAGGGCCGACGACGCCUGCGUCGGCGGCGGAUGGCGCGGAAGCCGUGCAGUGGGUCUACGACUUGUAUGCCGUGAGCACCUGCCACGUGGAGGGCGCAAUGAGCGCCACUCCGGCGACCUACGCGAAGCAUCCCAAAGAGGAGAGGUGGUACAAGUACUCCCAAGGAGGGGAGGCAUCGAUUGUCGGGGAGGGGGAGGUAACGUCGUGCGCUGCUCAAGUGUUGUUCUAUAAGCGAGUGAGGCAAGAUGAAGAAGGAGAGGAGGAGGAGGAGGAGGAGGAGGAUGCGGAUGUCGCUGAUGAGGAGGAGGAGGAGGGGGAGGAGGAGCAUGAGGAAGAAGAGGGAGAGGAGGAAGAAGAAGAAGAGUUUGGAGAUGGAGAAGAAGAGCAUGGGCUGGGAUAUGGCGGCGAGUCCGUGGAGGGAGACGACGAAGACGGUGCUGAAGAGGAAGAGGAAGAUGGACCGCAGGGAGAGUGGGAGGUGGACUCUCUCCCUUCUUCUCCCCGUCCUCGUGAGUAUGCCGUGCGCCAUGCACACUAUGAUACCGAUUUGGAAGAUGAGAAUGAUGAUCAUCGGAUCACGCAAAUCGACGGUCACUCUGCUGCUGCGGCUGCUGCUGCUGCUGCUGGUGCGGGUACUGCGGCUGGCGGGUUCCAGUACGCGCGACUGGUUAAUAAUUAUCGACAUAAUAAUUUCACAUUUGCCACCGACGUCGGGUGGGCAGUAAGACAGUUCUUUGAGUCGUCGUCAUAACCUAGAGAGGGAGUACAGAUCCCGAUCAGCGGGGAGGGGAGGGAGUACAGAUCCCGAUCAGAAGGGAGGGGAGUACAGAUCCCGAUCAGCAGGGAGGGGAGGGAGUACAGAUCCCGAUCAGAAGGGAGGGAAGGGAGUACAGAUCCCGAUCCCAGAUAGAGGACAAGAGAGGUCGUUUCCGUGUAUGGGCGGGGGAACUAGGAACGUCGAAGAUCGAGAUGAGGGUGUACAGCCACGUGGACAGUUCAUAUGAUCACAAUUUAG